UGGCGGAGGGGGCGCGUCCCGGCGGCGGGCGGGGGAGCGAUGAGCGCCGUCGCCUCACGGGCGGGAAUUUUCUUCCGGGGUGCGGCCCGCUCGGGGGGGUUUCGCUUCCGGGACGGUGCUGCGGGGCCCUUCCCACCCCCGCCAGGGGAAGGGGGCAAAAAGUUUUCAGACCUUCUUACUACAUCAGAAGAAAAAAGGAAAACAACAAGAUACCACCCCUCUUUCCUCCCCUUUGCAUGUUACUCGUAACAUUACAGUAGGUUUGUGCACUGGUAACUGGGACAGCCAUGGAGAAGAGUGGGAACAUUCAGCUGGAGAUUCCUGACUUCAGUAACUCUGUCCUGAGCCACCUGAAUCAGUUACGCAUGCAGGGUCGCCUGUGUGACAUCGUGGUCAACGUGCAGGGGCAAGCUUUCCGCGCUCACAAAGUGGUGCUGGCUGCCAGCUCGCCCUACUUCCGUGACCACAUGUCCUUGAAUGAAAUGAGCACCGUUUCCAUUUCUGUCAUCAAGAACCCUUCUGUUUUCGAGCAGCUCCUUUCCUUUUGCUACACCGGUAGGAUAUGUCUGCAGCUGGCUGACAUCAUCAGUUACCUAACGGCCGCCAGUUUCUUGCAGAUGCAGCACAUCAUAGACAAAUGCACACAGAUCCUUGAGGGAAUUCAUUUCAAAAUUAAUGUGGCAGAGGUGGAAGCGGAAUUGAGCCAGACCAGGACAAAGCAUCAGGAGAGACCACCAGAGUCCCACCGGGUGACACCAAAUCUAAACCAUUCUCUGAGCCCGCGUUACAACACCCCAAAGGGGAGUCGUCUGGGCCAGGUUAGCACAGUGCUGGACAUUCGGGAGCUCAGCCCACCUGAGGAGUCCACCAGCCCCCAGAUAAUAGAGCAGAGUUCAGACGUGGAAAGCAGGGAGCCCAUACUACGGAUUAACAGAGCGGGACAGUGGUACGUUGAGACGGGAAUGGGAGACCGCGGGGGACGGAAUGACGACGAUGUCCGGGUGCUGGGAGGAGUACACAUUAAAACAGAGAACCUGGAGGAGUGGCUUGGGGCAGAGCAUCAGCCGUCAGGAGAAGACGGGAGCAGCGCUGAGGAGGUGACUGCUAUGGUGAUCGACACCACAGGCCACGGAUUGAUGGGCCAAGAGGCUUACGCGUUAGGCUCCUCUGGGGCCAAAGUGGUCAGACCAACCAGCAGUGAGAUUGACAGAUUUAGCCCUUCUGGCAGCAUGGUUGCUGUGACUGAGCGGUACAGAUCAAAAAGCGAGUCUCCCAGGCGGAUGGAUGAGCCCAAGCAGCCCAGUUCCCAGGGGGAGGAAUCAGCCAUGCUUGGAGUGAGCGGUUAUGUGGAAUAUCUCCGGGAGCAGGAGGUUUCAGAGCGCUGGUUCCGGUACAAUCCACGGCUUACUUGUAUUUACUGCGCCAAAUCCUUCAACCAGAAAGGCAGCCUGGACCGGCACAUGCGACUCCACAUGGGCAUCACGCCUUUUGUCUGCCGCAUGUGUGGGAAGAAGUACACCCGCAAGGAUCAGCUGGAAUAUCACAUCCGCAAGCACACAGGCAAUAAGCCCUUUCAUUGCCACGUCUGCGGCAAAAGCUUCCCUUUCCAGGCCAUCCUCAACCAGCACUUUCGCAAGAACCACCCUGGCUGUAUGCCUCUGGAGGGGCCUCACAGCAUCUCCCCUGAGACCACCGUCACAUCUCGGGGGCAGGCGGAGGAAGAAUCUCCUCCACAGGAGGAGGCUGUUGCCGUGGGAGAGACGGCACAAGGAUCUGUGUCCACAACUGGGCCAGAUUGAAACAUGGCUGCAGAGUCUGGGGAGAAAGGACCGUCUUCCCAUUUUUGGCUCUGAAGACUCAGCACCAACCUGGCAGGCUGGUACUGUAAUUAGUGCAAUGCCACCACUGGACAGAAAGAAGCUCCCAAGAUGUUGCCAAAAUAGAAAAAUCUUUCUCUCUCUCUCUCUCUCUCUCUCUCUCUCUCUCUCUCUCUUUCUCUCACACCCCCCCACACACAUAGAGUGUCAAAAGUUUUUCUCCCUUAUUCUUCCUCCUCUUGGAGAAAAACAAAACAACUGUGUCAAUCAACUUCUUAUUCAGGGAUCGACAGGAUUUUAAAUUUUUUUACUGUUCCGUAGUGAUCUGGGACGAGCAGUUAUUUGUAUUUCUUGAUAGCGUUUUGGCCCAGCAGCUAGGUCCCACCGGCCGUCAGCCGUGCAGACUCAGUGAGCCUAGCGCGCUGGGCUGCUCUUCGUCACAUCUGCUGGUCCAGCUCAAGGGGGAAGCAGGGGCAAGGUGCCAUUGCCUUCCUUCAUUCCCCAGGUAGUUGCCACGUUAAAGAAAACAAAAAGACUUUCCUGGUGGAACCUGCCUUGCCCAAGUGUAUUUAUCCCUGUCUUAUUUUUGGUGUGUCUCUUUUUACCUUUUUACUUAAACUAUUAUUUUAGGGCUUUUGGCUCGCCCGUUCCAGGCGCGUGGCCUCAAUGCCCCUUGUUGAAAGCGGGCAUGGCUGUAAGGUGGUAUUCUAGAGGUCAGCAAAAUUUGAAGCGCUUCGGCUACUGAAAGUGAAAUUUAGCAGCUGUGAGGUUUGCAUUAGACUCUGAUGCGUUGGGAGAAGGGUUGGAGGGGUCUUUCGGAGGAGGUUGUCCUUUGCUAUUGCUGAUCUGGAGAGUUCGGAGCACUCUGACAUCCUGACCGGUGUGCUGCCAUGCUUCAGGUAUUGCUGAGCGUUAGGAAGAGUUUUUCUGGACUGGCUGAAUUGCGGAGUUAGAGGCUGGCUACCAAAGUCGUCCUUCACCCCUGCUCCCCCCUCGACACACACUUGAUCUUUUAUAACAGCAAUAUGGUAUACUGAAAUACUAUCGUCCCAGCCGAGCAAUUGUGGGUGGUUGCUUUUAAAUGUGUUUCUACAAACUAGUUUGAUAACUUUUUUAUCAAUGAAAUGCAAAAAGAAAAAUAACCCUACUUUACUUCCUCGCAAUGGUUCAGGAAACUUAAAAGUGAAUGGUUCCUAGAGCAAUCACAACUCUGUCCCCUUGCAUGGACUUAAACUUUUGUAUUCUAAGCAGCUCUGAUGUUUAGAGCAAGGUAAACAAACCCGGAGAGACAUGCCUGCGUUGUGUAUUGUAGGUGUUUGCACGUGCUUACGUGUUUCCUAAACAGAAAAGCAUGGGACAGGUAGAUAAGUGCAAAUAUCUUGACAUCUUUUGAAGAAGUCUUUUAAAAAAUAUGCAAUACUUUAAGAGUUUUUUCUGGUUCUGAUGCUGAGUUGUUCAUGAUGGAGGGGGAAAAUGAACGACGGGUUGCACAGAAUGGGUUUGGGAGAGGAUGUUUCAUUGAAGGAGUUCUCUUGAGUAUGUAUAACAUGUACAAUAAGGAAGGAUGAGGUUCUGAUCCUUAAGGCAAUGGGAGGAACAAUGAGACAUUGAAAAGGAAUACAAUUCAUCUUGCUCUGGCAAAGCAAGCCGGGCAAGCUGUUAGAGCCUGGGCUUGGCAGGCAGGAGACUUACCAAGUAAAAAUAAAGCUUGCCCCACAGUCAGACUGCACAAUUUUGGGCACAUGGAAACAUCUCCAGCCCACGCUUUCCCCACCUGCAAAUGGGGACUUGGGAUCAUUUUCCUGCCUCUUUAGAGGGAAGAAUUUGGAGGAGGGUGACAUAUUCUUGCCUUGCUUUAUAUACUUUUCUCUUGUAUAAGUGAGGGGUCUCACUGUUCCUCCCAUGUCUGUCUCAAAAAGCAGACAUAGCUCUAAUGUUUGGGGUUUUUUUUGGGGGGAGGGGAGGGAAGGGCUUGGUGCCAGGAUCACAUGUAACAGGGAUGGGCUCCUAAGAGAGGAACCUCUGCAGGUGUUCUGAGCCAGGCACCCGCAAAGUACAAUUUCAUUGACCAUUUCAAAUAGAAAAACUGAUAUCUCACCCCUGUUUUCCUUCUGUCCCUUCUUCUUCCUCUCCUGUCAAGUGCAUCAUCACACAGUGAAUGAUUUUGUAAAUGGCCACCCAAGGGACCAGCCCCAUUGGGUUUCCAGUCAAAGGUCAAACAGGAUUGUACUGAAACAGUAAGGUUGCCAGAGAGCAGUAGCAGAUGAUGAGAGAUAAGAGGGUGGCUAAGGUAGGUUUCAUUGCAAUCGAGGUGCGGGGAGGAGCGGAGAUGUGCAGAGUAUGCUGCUUUAGUCAUAGCUUUUGAAGUUACCAAAAAUCAAAAAGAAGAAAGUUAGAAACUUUGAAAUCCUAUCCUGUUCACACUAGAGUGCAUCAGAAGUUACUUUUAGUUGCUUAAAAGAUUUUUAAGUGUUUUAAAAUAGAACUUUUAAAAGAAUACUACCAAACUAUAAAAACAUAAAAUUAUUUAUAUACAUAUAUUAUAUAUAAAUAUAGUGGGAAAGUUUCCCUGCUAAGCUUGCUGUGAAGAGAAGGGUGAAGGUGCAGUAACUGCUAUAGAAGCAACAUUUUUCUGAAACAGAUGGCAACCGAUCCAUCAAAACGUAGUGAUGAAGGGCUGAUGUUAAAUGGUGAAUGCCUUUAUCCGUAUGGCAUAGCUGUGAGUUUCUUGAGCAGGUUUUUGUUUUACUGUAUCGAUACUGUGAACGGAGGAGCAUCCUAACAGUCCAGGAUGCCAGCAGCGUGUCCUGUUUUGCUGAUUCACUACUUUCAAUUGGCCUGGUGGAAACCAUGGAACUGGUCCUUCAUAUUGUACUAGGCUAGUUUGAAAACAAAGCUUGUGAAAGGUUUUUAUUUUUUCCUCUUUUUUUUCUUUUUUUUUUUUUGGGUGCAGAGGUUGCCACUGUAUAAACGAUCAUUUCUGAUUGCAUGCGAAAGAGCCAAUAUUCUUGCCCGGGCCUCGCUGAGGUGAAGUUUAUAGCUUGUAGCUAGAGUCAGUAUAAGGUAUGGUAGUGGGAAUCAUUUUAAUAUUAUUUCUGUACAUUUAAUGGAUGUGUAUAUGUAUGUAUGUGUAGGAAUCAUGGUGUCUCUGAUGUUUUCUCGAACAGCGCUGAAGGCAGUUUAGGCCUAUCUGCACUGGAAGAUGGAACCAGUUCAGAGGAAUUGUUUAUUAAACUUUUCUUUCAGUGGUUGACUUCCUCAGUGCACAUAAGGCCAAGGUUCAAGAAAAAAAGGGGUUGGAGGUCAUGUACGGUAUGGAAAAACCUCAUGUGAAUUUUCCGGCAGUGGUGUAGCUACUUGGAGCUGCUUUCGGUAACAGAAUGAUGCCAUCUUUCCUUGCUUCUCUGUUGGCAAACCACGUAGCUCUUUACGGUUGCACCGAAGCUGUGGGGAAUGAGAUGCCAUCUUCCCAGUGCGAAUGCUUCUGUGACAGGUUGACGCAUGGCUUUGCAUUUCCACGGCUAGCUGCAGCUUUUUCCCCUCUGCCAAAACUGUGAUUUCAACUGUGAUUUAAGGAGGAUGUGAAGAGAACUCUGUCAUAUUUUAAUACCUCUGUACGUAACAUUUCUGUCUGCUUCAGAGUUAGGGCUUACUAACCCAUUUGUUUGCUUGCCUCAGGCAACAGGGGGAACACAACCUAUUUCUGCAGUUUUCUUUCUCGGAGGGGGAACACAGUUCUUUGCUGCGGCAGAGAAACCUGCCAAAUGUGAAGUGUUGCGGUUAUCUCCUUGAGCCUGCAGAAAGCCCCGGUGCCAAGUCACAGCAAAGUGACGUGACGGUUGCUGUGGCUGUUCCCUGCUCUGCCAGGUUCCUCUGAAUAGCUGUGAAAAUAACAAGAAUUGUGUUAAUACUGUGCUGCUGCUUUGGGGAAAAGCUAAACCUCUUCCUCUUGGGAGGAUGACCGAUGUGAAACUGGGAAAGGGAAAAAGCAGAAGGUCUUUUUGCUCUCUUGCAGUGGGAGCAUGUGAAAGCAAACCGUGCUUCUUAUUUCCAGCAGCGAGGUAGAGAGGGAUGAAUGAGGAGGCUUUAUGAAAUGUGAUUUUAUAAUGGGAGGCUGAGAACACACUCAGAGCCGCUUAAUAAGAUCCAGGGAUAUCAGCCUGGUAAGAGUCAGAGCAGCUGAUGCAGAUGGGCAAUCCCUCUCUUGUCCUCCCAGCAUUGUCUAGCCAUCAGGUUCAGUCCUUUGGCUUGCUUACGUCUUCUCUACGAAUAUUUUCAAGCUGUGAUCUGUGUAAUUUAACUUUCAGAAGUUUGAGUGGCUGAAAGGCAGGAAGAAAAGAAAGUGUGCUGUGUCUCUGCUGCUGUUUUAAAUCCAGCUGAGGUCGGUAGUGGCUGACUGUUCCCAUCUGACAGCUCUUCAGAGCUGGAAUUGCGUUAGGAACAAGCUGCGGUCUUGCUGAAAAGCGUAGCGGGGCAGGUUUGGUGGGGAGGGCGUGGAGCCAGAAUUUCAGCCCUCUGAGAGAUCAAGGUUGAAAUAAAUUGAUAGGACAGAUCUCCCUGCUUGACCUGCCCUUGUUUUGUGACAGCUAGGUGACUUUGGUUUCCAGGGCAGACCAUCCCAUGCUUCUGCGCAGUAGUAAUUUUACUUAAAAAGUGUGACGUCCAGUUCAGUAAAUGAGUCUAAGCAGUCUGGUCUCCGAGCAGAGUCCUUCUGCUGCCUUUGGGUGAUUCAACCCUAACGAUGCAUUUGCAAGAGCAGAGUUGUAGCUUUUAUUUGCUGCUGACUUCAUCUGUCCUGCAGAACCCAAAGUAUAAAUAGAAAGACAGCUGAAAAGGUGCAGGAUUUUUGGGUGGAAGGUAGCUUAUGAAAUAGACUGAGUCAUGAAUCUUUAAAACAAAGAAAAAUUAGCACCCCUUAACUUAAAUAUUUAAACUUUAUAAAAUUCUCCUCUUCAAUCUAUGACAUGCCUGACCGUUUAGCCAUACCAGCAUCCAAGUGUUUCUGAAUAGUUGGCACCACAUGCUGUUCUUGCUCUACUGGAAAUAUUUUGGGGAUGGGAGAAGUCAAGGAGCUGUGGUUUGGGAAACUUCUGAUUUUUAUCAAGUUUUGGGCUCUUGAGUUUCCUCUGGGAGCCGAGCCCAUAGCCAGGACUGGAGUCAGAAAGUCUGGGGUCUUUUCAUGGAGCUGCUGCUGCCCGUCGGCAUAGCCUCGUCUGGCAAUAACGAUAUCCUCAGAGAUGAGCAUUACUCCUGUCAUGAGGUGAGAUCCACACACAGAGCUUACACGUCUUCAGUGGAAGGUCCUAAAGAGGAGCUAAGUAUCGUUAUUUUAAUCAGUCAUUCAAAGGGUAUUUUAAUAUAAAAUACAUACAUAUAUAUGUAUGUACAUUUAUAUAUAUAUAUUUGUAACCAAAUAAAAGCUAGAACUAUGCAAACACUACUGGGCUGCUUGAAACUAAUGUCUACCAGAAUAUUUUGGAAUAGAGUAGAUUUGGAGUAGAUCUGUAGGGUUUUUUGUUUUUAAAUGAAAUGCAGCAGACCAAAGUUUUGCUGCAGUUAGUCUUCCUAGAAACUUAGGUUAUUCCUAAUCUGGAACCCACUCAAGUGGGUUAUAAAAUUAUCUGAAGAGUCCUACCAUCUCUAAAAUAUUUCCAUGUGCUGAAAGGCUUUCUUGUGCAAAACACAGGAAAACACAGAGGCUGGGACUAGGAGAGAUUGAGUGUGAUGUUUGGGAUAAUAUUUAGAAGAUAAGUAGAAUCAAGGAAGGACUGGGAGCAUUUUCUUUUGGAAGUAGGAUUGAGUUGGCUUCAAGGAAUCUUCCUACUUGUUAAAAUGUCCAUUCUGGAGACGGAGGCAGUGAUCGAAGCAUCACUGGGCUGAAUUCUGGUCUCGGUGGAGGUAUCAGAAAUCUUCCUGCUGAAACUGAUGGUACCAGGGUUUAGGCUGCUGGGAUAAACUUCUUGUGGUUUCUGCCGUUUCUUUGUGUCAGAUCCUAUCUUUGCUUUUAGGAUUAUCAGAAAUAUAUCCAACUGUAACCUUCAGUGACCUUUGACUUUUUAUUCCCGGGGACUGUAGAAAAUUCAGGUUUCCUAUAACGUUAUCCUCAUCCCAACUGUGAACAAAUUACUACUGCUUCUUAUAAUUUAUUUUCUUUCUGUUCCUGAACGUCUGUGUGAUCCAGCCGUUCACCAGUGCCACCUUCCAGUGCUUCAUUAGCUUUUAUGCACAGGGAAUUGUUGCAAUGGAUAAGUUGACCAUGCUAGUUGGAAGAGUAGAAGCCUUUGGAGAUGACUUUUGCUUCCUCUAGCUGUCGUUAGGGAAUGCACACACACAUACUUGUAUAUACAUAUAUAUGUAUACAUAUAUAAAGUGUUUCAAUAUAAACUCAUUUAGCAUUAUUCUUAUUUAAUUUAUAUUUUAAUCCAGUUGUAAACCAAAGUAUUACAGCUUGUGAAAUGAUGUGUCUCGGAAAUGGGAGGAACCUUUUUAGAUGGGAGCUCUGAAAGAUCUUUGCUGACAAAAAUGUGGAUAUGAACAAGACUUAAGAGCUUUUGCUGGUGAAUCCUAGAGAUUCACAGCCUUGGAAGGAUUUAAGAUUUACUUGCUGGGUAAAGUCCAAUGGGGGAAGCAGUAUGGGUUACCAUUUUAUGACACUGGCGGGAUUUUUCCUUAUCCAGUAUAAUUUGGUAUUGGAGGAGUUGUUACAAGAGCAGUACAGCAGGGUAUCUGUUGGAGAUGAGGCACGUAGCUAAAACUAAGAGGGCAAUGUCAGGUAGUGCUGUUUGCUUCUGCUGUCUUCUGUUGACAGAUCUGGAUUGAGGUGUGUUGGGUUCAGCUCUGGGCAUCUCAGUACUGCCUUGCCAAACGAUGCUGCAGGGAGCUGGUCAGUUGAUGGUUUGAAUGAGCACUUUAAAAGCAUCACUCAGCAGCAUUUCUGCUGCUGGAAUUUUCCAGCAGAAUCACUUGGAGUCUCUGCCACCCUGCUGGUCACAAAACCUGGGGCUUCUGCCCUGCCUUUUGAAUUGGGAUCCUUUAAGGAAGCAUGAGGACUUGCCUACUAGAAUGCCUUGAGGAAAUCUUCUGCAAGGGAAAAUGAGGUGUGAAUUUAGGCAUGGAUUUGCUGUACAUGCUGUAAUGUAGAUCUAAAGUGAUCCUGUAUGGUCCUCUGCCUGACCCCUUCCUUAUAAACGCAGGGUUUGGAUGGAUUUGUGUAAACACAUGUAGAAAAGACGGACAGGCUGCCUCACUGCUGGCACUGCUUCUGCCUGCAUCCCCUUGGGCUUGCCAUUUCUUGCUGUGGCAUCUGAGAAGGGUUGGAGCUGAGAGGUGUUUGCUGAGACAGAGUACAGCUGCCACUGGACCAGGUGCUCCUGGGCUUUGGCUCAUCUGUGCUGUCAAAGUGAUUAAAGCAACCCACAAGAAGGGUUUCAGAGCCUUCUGAAGGCUUGGAAAUUGCAAUGUUUUUCAUGGUACUUAAUGGUUUUGUAGGAAAACAAGUAUGUUCUAGCGAGCCUAGAAAUGAAAGACAGCAAAUCAGCCUGUAGUCUGGCACAGCUGGGAGCUGGAGAGAGAGAAGGCCACAAAGACAACCGCUAAUGUAUUUAGUAUCUAAUUUACAGUUUUAGAAAACAGGCCUUUGCUAUUUACUGAUGUCUAGGGGUGGGUUGGUUUAUUUUUAAGUAAAUUCUCUGGAGGUACACAUUCUGCUGUACCCAAUGGAAAGAAAUAAAUGUGUUCAAAGAUAAAAUCUUGCCGAUUCUUCUGUGCCGGGGAGUAGUUGCCUUUCCAAGGAAUUAGCAAGCUCUAUGAGCAAACUCUCCUCUAACAAUCUCCCACAGGCUUCGCAGUGGCUGUGGUCCUCUUGCUCUUCUGCUCAGCCUGGAUUCUAGAGUUUCUUUUUAUAGAGGGUUUCCCUGCAUCCCUUAUAUUGAGCAGGGUGAUGGUCCACCUACCUUUGUUGAUUAAGUUCAUUGAAUAAUUCCCAGCAGGAUUAGUGUGUACUCACAGCUCAUGGCAUAUCAAGCACUCUGUCAGCUACACACAGUACGAUUCUAGAUCUGGCAAAUAUAAAAAGACUGUAAGCUAAUCUAUUUCUAAUUGUAGUCACCAGGUAUUGCGGGUUGAGUACAAGAGCCCUUCUGUGCCAGCGUGUAGGAACAUCAUCCAUCACAUCAAAUUUGUUUUGAUUGAGGCAUCCUGUAAGCAACCUCAGUGUGAAGGUGCUUCUCAGUGCAGCUGUCAGGAGAAACUGGUCUGAUACCAGCAGCAGAUCCUGUCUGGCUGCUGUGUCAAAUAGCAGUUGCUCUAACGAAGCAGGCAAAGAGAAAGGGAAAGCAGGCUGAGAAGAGAGGUACCUUAGACCAAGCACUGACUGCUAAUUGGGCAGAAAAGAGUUACUUGGUUGAGACAAUGGUCUGUAUGUGGAAUUUAUGUCUUUUUUUGUUCAAAUAACAUACAUUUAUUUAUUUAGUUUUUACAAAAAAAGGUAGCCCUUUCUACUGAAAUUCUCCCAAGUUGAUUAUUAAGUAGCACUAGGUGUCAUCGUGCUGCAUCCAGUGACUCCUCGGUGUUUGGUGGGUUGGUGACGAUACGUAAGCUGGAGGCUUUGGGUGAGGGGGUUGUGAAUGCAUGCUGCUGGCUGUCUUUCCCUCUGAUAAUUCUGGUGGCUUCAGGACACGGACCAAAAGGUAUUCUUUUUGUUUUAAAGCUGCAAUUCUUUUUAUGGAAAUGUUGAAAAAUCUUAGGUCCCUCCCCAGUUAUUUUUAUGUUCUGUUCUGUUGAAUCCUCAUCUGGCAUCGGUUUGUGAUCUAAGAACAAUUUCUGUCACACCCAUGAGUUGGACUUCGUAGGACUUCGCAGAUCACAGAAGGUUUAAAACCUGUGGCUGUAGGAGCUGUAUGUAACGUGGUUUUUAUGCUGCCAUAGAGGUUGGGAGGGAUGAGGAAGGGUCUUUGCAGAGAGCUGGUCUCUGUCACAGUGAGGAUCGGCUCACCAAACACCAGUUGCCGCUUGCAGGGGUCUUCAAGGCUAGAGGUGCAGAUGGGAUUUUCUUCAUAGAUUUUCCUUGUGGUUUCCCAUUGCGUGAGCGCUUCGCUUCCCUGCUUCAGCAGUGAGCAACAGCCUCUACUGCCGUCAGCAUUGAGGCUGUGUCUCGGGACCCUGUGGGGGAACCCUAGGAGGGGAGUUAUGCACCUUCAGAACCAAAAAGUUGAACUUGUCAAAGGCUUUUGUGAAUGAGGAGUUAAACUUGCUUUUGGCAGGGUGGUGGAUUAGGCCUGGGGGUUUUGGCUGUUAACAUGUAUUCAGAUCCUUGUUUUUGCAGGGUGAGAUGGGCCAUUUCAGAAAUCUGGGCAAGGAAAAGUGGUAGCGUUUGAACCCUGUGUUCUCAUUCCAGGUUUCCAAGAACUGCACCAGGUAUGUCGAUGCCAUCGAUGGGGUGGAGGGGGAGCUGUGCAGCAUCGUGUUACAUGGCUGGGAGUGUGUAUGUAUUAGAUUGAGGGGUGCUGGGAGCCCCAUGCUAGAGGUGACCCAGGUGAAUGGGUGCCUUUUGAGUCCGACUGGAUGGUGAGGUGUUCCCAAAAAGCAGUCUGAGCUGUGCCUGUCAAACUUACAGGGUGCUAGUUUUUUGAUGAGCUGGUGAGUAGUGUUCAGAGAGGAGUGGGAAACGUUUUACCAUAAACUCUUUGCACAGUGCUUCUGCAAAGCUGCGGGACUGUGUUGUACCAGCACAGCCCUGCACAAGCACCCCCCGCUCAUCCCCUACUGCUACAUGCAGCAUUGGUAGAGCAGGCCAAGCUGAAACUGUCUCCCUGGAAAAAAGAGGGUGUUUCCCUGCAGAAUGUGGCACAGGAGGGAAGGGAGGGAGAGAAGAAGCUGUGGGAUUUGUGUCCUAGCUGGAGCCCAGGCCUUUUAGCCCUGGGCACAGAGAGCUCAAGACCUAUUGCCUGUCAUGGAGGGAAGGGGCUUAGGUGGGUGUUUUUCUUCUUUGCUAGAGGGAAGCUAUCGUGUCUGCUGGAAAAAAAAAAAAUGCAUGUGGAGUCGGGUAAUUCUUGCUAAGAAAUCAGUUCUGUUACUGGUUAUAUUCCAGCAGCAGAAUAAUUAACAAAGUACUUCUGUUUAUUAAAAAACUUAGUGUUAAUUCUAACGUGGUGAUGGUGACCUGUUUAUACCAUCUAGUGUGUGAUUCACAUCACACCUGUACAAAGCUGUUGUUAUUUCCCCAUCAUAGAAGCGGUGGCAAAUCUCCCUCCAGCUGCAGACUCGUGAGGGUCUGUAAAUGGGAAGAUGCCCCUUCCCCUUUGGCUGAUGAGCAGCGUAAAGGACUCAGCCCACAAAGCGAUUGAAAACAGCAGCACUUCAACUAUGCAGAUAGCUUGCCUAGAUUAGCCAGAGUUUCUUUAGGUAGCCAGAGACACAUGAUUUGGUUCCUCCUAGCCUGAGCCGUUUGUUGUAGCAGGGAGACCUUCUGCAAAACGCAAACAAAAAUAGCGAAGAAAGUAGGUUGGCUUAGCAGGGAGGAGGGAGACACCCGAAGUAAGGAGAGGGCUCACCUGUUUUCAGCGCUGGCUGUGGCUGUUGGCACUGGAAACCAACAGGAGGUGUUGGACAGAGCAGGUGAAACGACAGCAAAGCCUCAUUGGGAUGAAGCGUGCAUGUGUGUCUAGCACAUUGUGGAUGCUGUGGGCAGGGAAAUGCCGGUUGUAGAACCUGCAUGUGUUCAGGAUUACGUGGGAAACCCUGCUGUCUUGGGAGACAGGCGUGCAAAGAUGCCUAUAGCCUGUCCUAAAAUGUUAGAGCUGAGCAGCACCAGUGUUUUCCAUUCUGGAGCCGUGAAUGGAAACAAAGGAAAAUGAGUCAGUCCCUAGUGGAGGUAAAUUUGCUGUGCGGAUUUCAGAAACACCCUUGGAAGGAACUGAAGGGUGGCAAGUGAAGGCAGGAAAGGGGCAGUACCAGAGAGAUUUCAAAGUGCCAUUUUCUGAAUGUUAGGUUUCCUAGCAUGUGUUUCAGCUGUUGAAGGCUGAAGUUCGUUUUCAUUUCAGUACCCUCUCCUUUAACGAUGUCAUUAAUUUAAACUCAGCAGCCAAGGGGAGGGUGCAGAGAAGACAGAGCCAAACUCUCGAGAGAUGCAUGGUGGAAGGAGGAGCAGCGGUAGGCAGAAAUUUAUACAGGGAUAAUCAAGUUAGUUAGGUAUUAUAAGGUAUUUUUUCACCGUGAGUAUAGCCAAACAGUAUUGGAACAGGUUGUCCAGAGAGACUGUGAAAUCUCCAUCCUGGGAGAUACUCCAAACUUGACCGGGCAAGACCCUGCAUGACCUGCUUGAAGCUGGCCCUGCUUUGAGGGGUGAGCGGGGCUGGGACCCCGAGGCCUUCCUCCCACCCUCCCUGAUUCUCAGCUUCUCUGUUGCUCCCCUGGAGUACAAAAUAUUGCCCCACUGCAUAAUGCAAAACAAGGGAUAGAGUUUUAUUCUAGCAGUGCAUCUCCAGGUAGGAUUUUUUUGCAUUUAUCAAUGAUUAAUCCAUGAAAUUGCAUCUUGUCUGCCAUGGUCUACGAAGUCCAGCUGCUCCCCAGGCAUGAGUGCAGCCUCCAGGUUCCUGUUUCCAUUAGACUAUGCCAAGCUGUAUUUUUAUUACUUUAUAUAUAUUUUUUUUUAGUAUUAUGUAAAAAUGGGCAGCUUUAACGGGCUUCCUAGUUCAUAUCAGUUAAGCUUUUGAAACAUAUUCAGGUAUCUUUUAAAUACUGCUGUGUAAGUUCCUUGUUUAAUCUGAUGUAUUCUGAUUUAUUAUUUUACUGCAGUUAUCUAAGGCAGUACUUUUAAAAAAGCAAAAUCAGUGCAUUAUUUUUUUGCAGACUGUCAGCUAUGUUAAGCCUCCAGCUUUACUUAGUUUUUGUAAAUGUACUUAACCCUCUCCCCCCUCAGAUCUAUGGUUAAAUGUGUUCAUUAUUUUUAUAUUGCUGUGGAGAGUAUUUAUUUAAACCUUCCCAUUAUCUUUGCAGGCAGACCCAAUACCAUUGGCUAUGAAACUGUGAAACUAAUUAGAAAUGAAAAAUGAAGCUAGAUUGGUUAGUUUUACUACUGGUUGUAAAACACAGAAAGUAGCAGCACAAAAGAAGAAAAGUACAAUUGAAAUUACUCAGUCUGGGGCGGGGGAAGGAAUCACAAAACUAUGGCUGAGAAACUUCUUGAAAAUUAGUUUUAACCUGAUGAUGUUACUUCACUGGUUCUCCAUUUGAUCAAGUUCAAAGGUUGUGCUUGAGACCAAGAGGUGUGUCUGGGGUCCAUUCGUUCAUUGACGUGUCUAGGGCAUUGGUUUAAUACGGGAGCUUGUGCUCCCAUGAUGCUAUUUUCUUAGAAUUUACAUGUCUAAGGAAACUCUAUGGAUUACUGUGAAGCUUUUAUUUAAUACUUCAUUGCAUGUAAAUUGGUAGCUGAACACAACUCUUGGCUUAACAGAGGCAAGAGCCAGAGGAAGAUUUUGUCGUGGAGGCUAGUAACUGCAGGUUACACUGACAAAAGGUGGACAGUGCAAUUCUCCCAAUGACAGCUUUGGUUUUGGCAAGAGGUGUGAAGCCUCGUCACCCCUGCAGCUGCCCCUUGCCCAUGGGGGUCCACCUCAAGGUGAACUAGUCCCAAGUUUGCUCUGUAAAAACACAGGGAUGGGGUUUUGUUCACACAGCCUGUCAUCAGCGCCUAUGUUUUCAGGCUGAGGGCAAGCUCGGUCUCUGAGGGAGAUUUGGGAUGAUUUGUCGGUUGUGCACGGGUACUUGUCUCAAGUGUUAGAAGGUUUCCAAAGCCAGGGCUAUGCUGUUGGGGGAAGCAGCUGAUCUGGAUCACGGGUGAAUUUGGGAUGGAGAGCAGGAUUUUGUCAUUCCCUUUGCUAAAGACUAAUUCUUUUCGGCUCCCCUGAAGUUCUUGCCUGGGCAGAAAGCUGACACACGACAGCUUCCAGGGCUACGUUGUUGGCACUGGGCAAGCAACUGUGAGAAAUAUUUUGAAGUGAAAAGGUAACAUCGUCAUUCAACUAGCCCAUGUUUCUUUUGUGUUUGUGUAUGUAAAAUUGCUGACAGUUAGGACAGGCCAAGGGGUGCAAGAGUAAUCCUUCUUGGUGGCAAACCCAGGACUUUUCUAAAUAAGCUCUUUUAAAAUAAUAAUAUGCAGCUGUUCUUGCAGUAAUGUAUUCCUCACUUUGUGCCCCACGCUUACAGGCAGGGUUAGUGAGGGACAAGAGAAGACUGUAUCAGAGGUUAGCUCACAGAAAUGAAAGCAAGCUAUUCAAAGUACUGCUUUUGUCUGAAAAGGGAAGGGAAAGGAUGCAGUUUUCCCCUAAGCCUCCAGUAUCUUAAUCACUAGCUGAAGCUCCCAUGAGCUGUGCCCUAGUUGUCUCCGAAGCUGCUCUCUGCCCCCUCCUUUCCCUGGCGUCACCCCAUCUUUCCUGUACAACACUGUGAAUAUGACACCAGUAGCUCUUUUUAACAUUUCCAUUAAAACUGCUCAGAGCAUGAAAUGCUGUCCUACGCCGUCACCUGGUGACGCUGUACAGGACGAGCUGUGCCCGAGAGCCCUGCUCGGCUAACGAUAACCCCCCAACAGGGACACUGACGAUUGAGCGCUUCCUUGCUGAGCACUGGAAGAGUAUUGUAACAAGAGUUAACAACGUAAGUGGCUUUGUAUAGCAAUUUGCUAAUCAAAUUUGAUUUUGUAAUGAACUAAACUGACAAUCAAUUUCUAAAAUAUAAAAGCCUCUUAGAGGGAAUAGUCAAGUAUGUCUUCAACAGAAAGAUUAACUGGGAUAACUCUUAAUAAAGAGCACAGGAUUUUUUUGGGUUUGGUUUUUUUUGAGCAAUCACUCCAGAAAUUUGUUUGCAUUAAGCAGCAGAAGAUUCACAGGACAGUAACUACCUCUCUCUCUUGGAGUGCUGAGGUUACCACACUACACACUCUAUCAGCAAAGCUUUCACUUAAACCAGAUUUGUUUUCCUUACCUCUGUGUUUCAGAAAUGCAGGUCUGCUCUGUAAAGUGACUCUAUGAAAAUGGCAUCUGCCAGGAGCAGGGGGAAACCUUUUAGGGUCCAUCAUCCCUCUUUGCCACCAGUCUCUUGCUGUGACCCUUGCAGGUUCGCGCUGGGGCUACGACAGUUCAGGGUGGAUUCGUUAUUUCACGUGUUCUGCAUAAUAGCGAACUGUUCCCCCGGCCAAAGGCUGCUGCCAGAGCUGUGAGACGGCCGGCUCAACUCCUGCACUGGGAACUUAGUUAACGGUAGUGGAAGGUAAGAGGAGAAUCCAUCUCCCUCCUGCCUCCAAGAGAGCAGGCAGCAGUAAAAAAAGCAAUAAAAUAAAAUAAAAUGAUAAAAAAAAACCUUUUAUAUGUUGGUCAUUAGUCAGCAGAUCUGACUCUGCAAAUUUCUAUAUAUACACACGGACAGAGAGCAGAUCUCUCAUGUGAAAAGGUGCCAUUUUUUUCUAAACGGAGUCCCUUUCCAAACUAGAACAGCACUUUAAAUAGGUUCCUCUUAAAAAAGAAAAAAAAAAAAAAAAAGAAAAAAAAAAAAAAGAAAAAAAUAAAAACCCUUUACGGAAGAAAUGCACUUUAAAUUGUAAGAUGAGUAUGGCUGUUGCUGGCUUUUGACCCAGCUGUACAGGUAGGUGGCUUCUUGUCAGCCAGGGCCCAGGAGGGAGCAAAGUCGCCAGACCCUCGGCUGCCACCAGCAGCCCGAAAACUACCACAGCUCUACCUCCCGCUCCCACAGCCCUCCCGGCCUGGCGCUGCCCCUGCCGGCACGACAGGUGUCCACCGCAGCCACCAAACCUGGUUGCAGCUCAGCCGUGCUGUAGCACUAACAGGACUGGCGUGCACCGGCCUGUUAGAAUACUUUUGUAAUCGGUCAAGAAAAACCCACCCUUGCCUGUAAAGAAUAUUUAAACCUGGUUUAUAAUAGGUCAGAAGUUACACCCAGUUACAACACAGCAGACAGCCCGUCCGCAUGCACAGGGCUGAGCUAAGUUGAACGAGCAAAGCCAUGACAAAGUUGUUGCUGGGGUUGUGGGUUUUUUUUCCCCCCAUAACGUGGCUAUGGAGCCUGAGUUAGUUCAGGUUUGGUUGUUGUUUUUUUUUUUUUUAAACCUAAGUUUAUGUGUCCCACGGCAAUUGUGCUCUGAGCUGGUUUGCAGAGUAACCAUUUGUAAGAAAAAUUGUGCUGUCACCUUCAACUCUUGACCUAUAAAUCAAACUUUUUAGGACAGUCCUAACACGCAAGACUUACUUUCACAGAAAGUUCCUGCUGUACUCAUUUUUUUGUCUUUAACUUUAUUUUUGGUUGCAAUCCUUACUUCAAGAAAAAAAAAAAAAGGUCAGCAUUCACUCUAGUCUGCAGUAGGUUGAAGUGUGAGCCUGCUGUGUGUAACUUGUGGAUAUGCGACUGUUCAAUGAUUUUACAAGCUGUUCCCAAGCUCUCGGUCCUCUACCGUCGCUUUCCUUUUCCUCUUCCAGUGGGAGCUGGCAGAGAGAAACUCUUUGGAGGAGCCGUUGGCCCCGUGGCCGAUGGCAUACUGGGAGGGCCAGUGCUGCUGGGGGGGGGGCUGGCAAGGGUGGUAGGAGAACCAGAGCUGGGGAAGGGGGAAAAAAAAACAAGGUAGAGGGGACUGUACAAUUGCAUUGAAAGCAGUUUAGCAAAAAGUGCUCUCGUUGGACAGCUUUAAGAACAAUGUGAAUGAAAACUUAGCAACUUGGAUAUCUUUGAAAAUUCUAUAAAUGUAUACUUGAAAUUCUGUUUGUAUUAAAAAAACAAAUCGCAUUUUCUUCUUUCUUUUAACACUGUAUAAGAGAACAUUAUGCAUGUGAGUGGUUUGAGAAUUAAAUGGUUUAAUACUCAGA